UGCUAAAUGGCAAAAAUGGCUGCGGGUGCAUGACCUCCUUCUUGAUGUUCCUAUACGAGACUAAACUCUUAGUCUUGAACAAUUACUGAAUGGAAUUUAAUGAGGUGUUAAACAUGAUACAAGUGAUAGAUAAUGAGAAGAUUAACUAUCAACAUGUUUUUAGCUCGCCCAACACUUGUCUUGGCUGCUAUACUCACUUUGUGCAUGUGCUCUUUACUUGUGAGCAUGUACUAUAUUCACAACAUUGCCAUGGCUUCACCCUUAGACCUGAUGAAAGCCAACAGAAUUGUCAGGCUGAAUGGAAGAGUUAUAGGAGAAGAUGAAUCACCUGACAAUGCUCAUUCCCAGUUGGAUUUAUUUAAUUCAUCAGAAAACCAUGAUGCCAAUGCUCACCCAGUACUAAAUGACAUAGAUAUUGCCCUGCAUAUUGAAAAAAGGAAAGCGAAAAAGGGUCAAAAUGAAGAUGCUCAUCUGCCUAAAAAGAUUAAAAAAGAAGAUAUGUGGCCAAGCCAUGAAAAGGCACAAAAACGAAGAAAAGCCUUUGUUCCUUUGGCCAUGCAAAUUUACAACAAUCCCCAGAGAACAAGACAGAACUGGAAUGGGGAAAGAUACAUAGUUUAUUUAUGCCACAGUAACUUAACUUGUGCUGGUUGGGGUGACAGACAGCACGGUGUACUGUCAGCGUACCUCCUGUCCAUAGUCACCAACAGAACGUUCAAAGUGGACAUGCAGAGUCCUUGUCCCUUGUCUAAGCUGUACCAUCCACGACUGCUUAACUGGAGAAUUAACCAGUCAGAGCUGGAAGGAUUGUCUAGCACUCACUUGUACGCCUUAAAUGACCGUCGCUUUCGUGAGUCCAUGAGAGAGAUAGACUUUGAUGAAGAAUAUCCUCAGGAUGUUGUGUACUUGACAACAAACUAUGAUUAUUUUUAUAACCUGAAAGCUAAUCCCAAAUACAAAAGUAUUUUUAAACAGAAGAUUAAAGGUCGACCAAGACCGAUAUUGUUUGCCGAUUUGUGGCAAAGUAUAUUUAAAAUGAACAAAAGAGUUGUUAAAAAAUAUUCAUCAGCUCUGAAAAAUGCCUGGCCUACCAGUCAACACAAACUGGCUUGUGCACAUAUCCGCUUUGGAAGGAAUCCAACAAUUCCAACUGACUCAGACAUUAGAAACUCAUUAACAACAAUAAAACCCUUGUGGUCUUACCUGGAUAAGCAUUCUGAUCCACUGAAAUAUCGGAUGUUUGUAGCCAGUGACUGGCAAGGCUUUCGGGAUAAAGUCAAGAGCAUGUAUAGAAACAUAACUGUGGAUGUGGAAGGGGACAUCAUUCACAUUGACAAGUUAAAAGAUCAGCGCAGGCGGGACAAUGUUACCAGUCCUGUCGUCCUAGACGCAUGCUCUGGAUUUGAGAAGGUUAUUGCGGAUCAGUAUGUUUUAAGUAAAUGUGAUAUUCUUUUAUUGACUUACAGUGUUUUCGGCAAAGGCGCUGCUUAUUUAAGGAGGUCAAACAACGACUUGUACCUGAUGGAGAAUGGUACAAUAAAACCCCUGAUUUUGUUUGACGAAAGGAACCAUUGAGACAUAUGGUAGAAGUGUUCAUCGUUUUGGUGGAGGAUUUAUAAUUUGUCUUUCACAUGAAAAGUUUAAUGUUUAAAUGCAAUUGUUGUAGUUUGGCAGUACUGUUCAUACUAAAUGUAUACACCUCAUGUUUUUUGUUUGUUUGUCUGAAAUUCAUUAAAAUCAUUUUGUAGGAUUUAAAAUUGCUUGUUGUUUCUAAACUAAGCUUAAUAAAUUUUAAUUUUUGGUGCAUUGAUAUUGACAUAAGUUAUAAUAUUUUUUCAACCCAAAUAAUUUGUGUGAAUAUUUUAUUGCAUGCAUUUUUAUUUCUCCUUAUUUUAAAGGACGUGUACAGACUAUUUUUUUUUUUUUGAAAACAAAGAGCAUCUUGUUUCAAAGGUUUUUGUUAGAAAAAAAAAAAAAGACAUUUCAUAAUUUUGAAAGUGUAAAAAUGUGUUCAAAAGUUUCAUUUCAUUGACUCUUUCGUACUUGUUCUUCUUUGACUACUUGUGACCCAAUGCAUUGCUGGGUUUAUAAACUCUGUGUUGAUUUUUAAUUGACAUGAAGUCUACUAUCCUUUUGACUUUUUAUCUUUACCAAAAAUGUUAAUAUUUUGAUGAAAUGAUUAACAUUCUGGAGCUGAUGAGAUAUCAUUAUUCCAGCUUGUCUAAAACACCUUAAUUAUCUUGUUUACUUUGCAUUAGGCCGACUAUUAGUCCAUAGUCUAUCAUAUUGAUUCUUAUCUUUGAAAUGUCCAAAAUACUUUACUUUCAUCAUGAUCAUGUAAAUCAUUUGGUCAUUUAUAGAUUAUUAGAGUAUCUCAAUGCCAUUUGGCCAGAUGUGAAACUAUCAUCACUGUUUACCUGAAACAUAUUCCAAAUCAAAAUAAGACUUUUUGUCAGAUUUCAGGAUCACAUAUUUUUAUAUUUCUUUUAUCAAGCUGCAUUGAGAAACUUAAUUUCUGAAAAGAAUAAUUGAUACUAACAUCACUUAGUUUGUACAUAUACUGAUGACAAUAUCAUGAAUAAAAUGGCUUGUUCAUGACUCUAGCCUUUGAGCUUGUAUCUGCUCAUGUUUAUAUAUAAUAUAUAUUUAAACUUUUUUUUUUCACACGGACUGUGAUUCACACUCAAAACUUGAGACGUGCAAAUCUAAAUGACUGGUGUUUUGUAAUCUUGUCAUGAUAUUUGUUUUAUCAUACAUUGGUAAGUAUGAACUGAAUUGAGGAGGCCUGUUUUGUUUACUUUGUCAGUAAUUAACCCCACAAAAGAAAACAACAACCAAGACAUCAUGUUGUCCAAUUGUCUAUUUCUUCUUUUUCUUCCAUUUUGUAUUCAUCAGUUUCGAUUUUCGAAAAGAACAACUUUACUUUUUUUUUUUCCUCAUUUUUGUAACUCUUCUGAGUAUGAAAUCACGUAGGUAAUUCUUCAGUUCACUAUGACUCUCUUUUUUUCUCGCUCUCUGGCAAAUAUUUUACUUAUGAUGAGAGAGUAUAUUGUCUGUAAACAAUACACUUCAAAAAACAUAUUUUUGUUUAAAAAAUGGUGGCAUUUUAUAGUAAUGUAUUCUAAUUUCCAUGUAUUAGUGAUUUUGUUCAUCUCAUACUUAAUCAUUGUGAGCAUAAAGAUACUUAUUCAUAUCUUUUUUUCUAUUUUGUUACAGUUGUCUAUUAAAAUUAUUUCAAAUAAAAAUUUAUUCUUUCCAUAUGCUGUUUAAAUCUAGUCAUGUCAGUUAACAAUAUUAAGCUUUUUAUAAAGUAAUAACAAUAAAGAAGAUGAUUUUUCAUCCCAGAACUCAACAUCCACAAAUGAUGUGUGCUUUCAUAGUUAAAUGUCUAUAGCUGAGUUUUUUUUUUGUAUUAAAUGAUUCCUUUGAAAUUGUAACAAACUUUGAGGACAAAAUUAUUUACCAUAAGUUUUGAAAUGCAAAGCAUUUGAAAUUUAAAUACAGAAUAACUGAGCUAAUGAUGUUUUUUGCAACAGAUCGUUGUUUUUUUUAUGAAGCUAAGCUUUUAUAUAAUUAAAUUAUUGCUAUGAAAUGUUAUAAAAGGAUUUUGAAAAUGUCUUAAAGAAAAGUUUUCAUUGAUGCAGAAAAUUUGCCAGAAUGAAAUGGAAUAGUAGGUAGUCAUGGAAAUGAGUUUCAUCAGUCGAACUAAAAUGACAAAAUCUGCAUAUUUAUUGCAUAAACAUAAGUUGUGAAAAUAACCAACACAGUGUAUAUUAAGUAUCAGUCCUUUGACUCAAAUGUCAACAUUAAGUAAAUGUUUAAGACACAAAUACAAUCAUAAAAGCUAAUAAUUGAAAAAAAAUCAUCCCAUUUUGUGGUAUUUAUCUUAGAUUAUCACACAGUUGUAGACAAAAACACUCCUCCACACAUUAAUUGUGAAAUCUUUCUAAUUUUGAUAGAACUAGAAAAGUUUUCUACUUAAUGUCUUAAGAAAGAUUUAAUAUUUAUAAUUUGUGUAAAUUCUUGAGCUUUUAUAGCUAGAAAGCUAAUCAAGUAUUUCAAAAGUAGGUUUUUGUAUAAUUCACCUAUUGGUUUAUGUCAAGUCAAUGUCAUCACUGGACCAUGUGAGUAAUUUCUGUGAAUGUCUGAUUAUUGAGGUGAAAAAUAUUUUGGUGGCAUGGCUUGUUACACUACAUCAUCCAGCAAGCAUCUCACAUUCCUAGAGGAGUAACUAAACGGAACCGUUGGAUUCCAUUGUGCCAUCAUGAUGAUUUUAUAAAAAAAUUGGUUGAAAACAUAAUUUCUUUUAUAAUUUUUUUUUCAAGAAAUAUGUUUUGUUUUUUUCGUAGACUGCUUUCUUCCUCAACCCUUUUUUAACAGGAUUACUUUUUAUUUAUUUGUUAUUAAUGCUGCUAGGAAUAAUAGUAAUUAAAUGAUUUUGUUUCCUUUAAAAAAGAAUAAAAAAAAUAAGUUUUUAAUAUAAAAAUAAAUUGACAUUCAAAACUUUUCAUUAUAUCAUUAGCAUUGUACAGUACACGUUUUUGUUUUAAGUCUUACUAUAAGCUUCUUCAUUUAUUUGUAAAGAACUAGUUGUUUUAAAGUAUUAUAUAGUCUGUUAGGAUAGAAUGGCUUCUAUUAUAUUGUUUUUGAAUAAAUCAGAUUUCUCUGAGUUAUUUUUUUUAAAACAUCGCAGACUGGUACAGUAAACAAAAAAAUAGUUCAUCAUGAAAAACUCAAUAAAAAGGAUCGCAAUGGCCUUCUAUUUAUGCUUCAUUUAUUCAUUUCACUUUGUGCACAUUGAGAUUUUUUUUAUGUGGGGUCUAAAUCCUAACCCUAACCAUUUGCAACAGCCUCUAUCAUUGUUUCAAACAUCCAUAGCUAAUAAUAAAGAAAUGUCUACUAUAUAUAUUUGCUGUAAUGUUUGUUCCCUGAUGACAAUCAAUAAAUAGAAGCAAUUCUACUAGAAACUGACUGUUGAAGUUUGCGAAAGAUUAAUUUACUAAAAUAUGCACAAGUCUGAGUUAUUUUUACAACUUUAGAUGCUUGCUAUUUUUGAUGAAAAUUGUUUUAAAUACAUGCUAAAAAUUUAGAUACAGUGAUCCCUCAUUUUUCACAGUUGAUGCGUAUCAAGACCAUGAGUGAAAACCAAAUUUUCUUGUAGUAGAGGAAAGAUAUUUUUGAUGUAUUUAAAAAGUAUUUGGACUUUUAAAACUCUUCCUGUACUGUUCCUAAUCCACCCAUUGCAUGAACCAAUCAUUUCUCAGCUGGAACUACAUGUGAUAUCCUACCAUUUUUUUUUUUAAAAUAGAGCAAUUCCUGAGUUGUGAUUUGGCGGAUCAGUAAAUUUCAUUCGGAUGUUGACGUGAACAAUACAUGUACUGUGUGUAAGAAAUACUUGUCAAUGAUAUAUUUUGUCACCUACUGGCCUAGUCUAAUACUUGUAAAUUUAGAAUUUUUUUUUUAAAUACCUUUUUGGUACACACAAUAAGAAAAUAUUUUAGGCACUUAGUUUAUGAAAUACUUUACAGUACACAAUUUUUUAAUUUUUUUUUUUAAGUAAUGUGUGUAAUUUAAAAGAUAAAAACACUGCUUUCAUGUACACACCUAUUAUAUUCUAUUGCAAAGAGAUGCGUAGGGUCCACUGCAUUAUAUAAAUUAAUAACAUAAAGAACAAGAAUUGAACUUAAAAGAAGAGGAAAAGGAUUGAAAAACAAAAUCAUAAAGAUUUGUGCAUUGAAAAACAAACUCUUCUUUGAGGAGAAUAGGCAAAAGCAAAAAAUAUUGACAGUCCAAAGAUUAAUUAGGAAUGCAGUAUUGUACGUGUCUACUCAGCCCCAGCUCCGACCUACCUACUUUGCCACAUCAACCCCUGUGAAAAAAAUAUUGAAGUUGCAAAUCUGUGAAAGAUGAACUGGGAAAUAGCGAGGGAUUACUGUGUAUGCUAUCUUGAUGAAACAUAGGGUACUUUAAUGAAAUGGAUUUUUUUUUUUCAGCCUCUUGUUUGGACGCCUAACAAAUUGGUUUUAAAAGGGUGAUUGCAUUUUGCAUUUCCCAAGACACUAGUGAAAGAUACUAGUUUUGAAGUCCACUGGCCAGAGAAAGCUAUUUUACACUUCUGAAAACAUUUGUUUUAAAAUAGUGAAAGCUGUACUCUUUAUUUUUUUCCUCUAUUUAUAAUUUUUUUGUAAAACUUUUUGAGGUAAAUCAUUGGACUUAUAUUUCUUAAUUCUUUUUUUUUUUAUUCAAAUACCUUCCAUUGUUGAUAGUCCUACUGUUUGGUGUAUUAGACAUUGUACAUAGUCAACCUUAUUUUGUAACAGAGGUCACUCACACCACCAGCUGGUCAAACAGUGAUAAUGAUUUAGACAUAUUUUUUCUUAGAGCUACUAAAACUGAUCUUAUUGAUGCAGAUCUUCAAUCUGAUGACAUUGAUGUCAAGCUGGAUGUUUUAUACAUGUCUGUACCAUAACCAUUUCUUGAAUCUGAACAAACCAGUUUCUAAACAAGUGAAUUGGUAAAUAGGACUUGAUCCCUCUAUCUUUGUUCUAUCUGAUAAAUCAGUCACAUUUGAUAUUUGUUUAAUAAAGAUGGUGACAUAAUGCAUACA